CCGAGCGCGGCCCCGGCAGCGCAGCCGGAGCAGCGGCAGCCCCGGCGGAGCAGCGGCAGCGGAGCGGGCCGGGCCGGGCCCGCAGCCCCCGCGCAGCAUGGCCGAGCCGCCCGCGGCAGCGCCAGCCCCCGAGGGCGAGGAGGGCCCGGUGCGCUUCGCCCGCAAGGGCGCCCUGCGGCAGAAGAACGUGCACGAGGUGAAGAACCACAAGUUCACGGCGCGCUUCUUCAAGCAGCCCACCUUCUGCAGCCACUGCACCGACUUCAUCUGGGGCUUCGGCAAGCAGGGCUUCCAGUGUCAAGUUUGCUGCUUCGUGGUGCACAAGAGGUGCCAUGAAUUCGUCACCUUCUCCUGUCCCGGUGCUGACAAGGGCCCUGCCUCGGAUGAUCCCCGGAGCAAACACAAGUUUAAAAUCCACACGUACUCCAGCCCCACCUUCUGUGACCACUGCGGGUCCUUGCUGUACGGGCUCAUCCACCAGGGGAUGAAAUGUGACACCUGCAUGAUGAACGUGCACAAGCGCUGUGUGAUGAACGUGCCCAGCCUGUGCGGGACGGACCACACGGAGCGCCGGGGCCGCAUCUACAUCCGCGCUGACAUCGACAAGGACGUGCUCACCGUCGUAGUAAGAGAUGCUAAAAACCUAGUUCCUAUGGACCCUAAUGGCUUGUCAGAUCCCUACGUGAAGCUCAAACUAAUCCCUGACCCCAAAAACGAAAGCAAACAGAAGACCAAAACUAUCAAGUGCUCCCUGAAUCCUGAGUGGAACGAGACGUUUAAAUUCCAGCUGAAGGAGGCAGACAAGGACAGGAGGUUGUCUGUGGAGAUCUGGGACUGGGAUCUGACCAGCAGGAACGAUUUCAUGGGCUCCCUGUCCUUCGGGAUCUCUGAGCUGCAGAAGUCAGGAGUGGAUGGAUGGUUCAAGCUGCUCAGCCAGGAGGAGGGCGAGUAUUUCAACGUCCCCGUGCCUCCCGAGGGAGAGGAAGGAAACGAGGAGCUGAGGCAGAAGUUUGAGAGGGCCAAGAUUGGCACGGGGUCCAAGGCUGCGGAUGAGAAGACCAGGAAUGCCAUUUCCAAACUGGACAACAACGGCAGCCGGGACCGCAUGAAGCUCUCGGACUUCAACUUCCUGAUGGUGCUGGGCAAGGGCAGCUUUGGCAAGGUGAUGCUGGCAGAGAGGAAGGGCACGGACGAGCUGUACGCUGUGAAGAUCCUGAAGAAGGACGUCGUGAUCCAGGACGAUGACGUGGAGUGCACCAUGGUGGAGAAGCGCGUGCUGGCGCUCUCGGGGAAGCCUCCCUUCCUCACCCAGCUCCACUCCUGCUUCCAGACCAUGGAUCGCCUGUACUUUGUGAUGGAAUACGUGAAUGGUGGGGACUUGAUGUACCAGAUCCAGCAGGUCGGGAGGUUCAAGGAGCCCCACGCUGUAUUCUACGCAGCAGAAAUAGCCAUCGGGCUCUUCUUCCUGCAGAGCAAAGGCAUCAUUUAUCGGGACCUGAAGCUGGACAAUGUGAUGCUGGACAGCGAGGGGCACAUCAAGAUCGCUGACUUUGGCAUGUGCAAGGAGAACAUCUGGGACGGGGUGACCACCAAGACCUUCUGUGGCACCCCGGACUACAUCGCGCCCGAGAUCAUUGCCUACCAGCCCUACGGGAAGUCGGUGGACUGGUGGGCGUUUGGAGUCCUGCUCUACGAGAUGCUGGCUGGCCAGGCCCCCUUUGAGGGAGAAGAUGAAGACGAGCUCUUCCAGUCCAUCAUGGAGCACAACGUCGCCUACCCCAAGUCCAUGUCCAAGGAGGCCGUGGCCAUCUGCAAAGGGCUGAUGACCAAGCACCCUGCCAAGCGCCUGGGCUGCGGCCCCGAGGGGGAGCGGGACAUCAAGGAGCACGCCUUCUUCCGCUACAUCGACUGGGACAAGCUGGAGCGCAAGGAGAUCCAGCCCCCCUUCAAGCCAAAGGCUAAGGACAAACGCGACACUUCCAACUUCGACAAAGAGUUCACCCGGCAGCCGGUGGAGCUGACGCCCACGGACAAACUCUUCAUCAUGAACUUGGACCAGAACGAGUUUGCUGGAUUCUCCUACACCAACCCCGAGUUUGUCAUUAACGUGUAGUGGCGGCGCUGCCCUGUCCUCGCUGUCCCACGCCAGGUGGCCCUGUACAUAGGACACUAGUCUUCCGGGAUUAGCAGUGCAGACACACAUCCCCUCCCGCCAAACACGCCGGCCGCUUCUCCUCGGAGCCUCUCCGUGUCCGUGCCACUCGCUAGCUUGGCUUCCCUAGCCGGAGGUGUCCGGGGUGCCAGUUACCGGUCAGUGAUACUUCUAGGAACUAUAGUUGGUGGUGACUAAUAGAGUUUUUAAACAGAAUUAUACCAAACUGCUACGGUCUCUGUAAUUUUCGCAGCGGGACGCUGAGAUCCCGGUGGCCCAGCUAGUCCCAAAGCGUUGCUGUGGAAUGCUAAGCAUGGUUGAUCGCUUAAAGCGUUGUGCUGAAGCUUGCGAUGAGUGUGAGCUUGUCUUAGAGGAGCCUUUUGUUCAAGACAUGGAUAUAUUUGAUCAGUGUGGAAAAAUCUGCUUCUAGACCUCUAUUUCCCAAUGCAUUGUCCAUAGGGUCAGCCCAGCUCCCACCGCCUUCCCUGCCUCGGGCAUCGCGACUCCCGACCGCUCCCAUGCCAGUUCUUGUAAAUCAGAGCAAACCUUUUUCUAAGUGAAAGGUGGGGGGUUUUUGUAACAUCUGGAACAGUUUGCAGUUUUGAUACGCUCUGUCAGCACUCGCAUAAAUCUUUCACAGACACUGUCGAGGUGUAACAGCUCUGUAAAGGAUAUUAAUACUCUACCAAAACAAAACACAUUUAUAUUCUUGGUUUACAAUUUACCGACUGAAAACACGCCCAAGACCAAAGGGCUGCACUGAGGGCUAUUUAUAACGGAAACUUUUCUACUUUCCACCCUCUGCUAUUCUCUUCCAGGCUCCAAACCCAUGGAUUUCACAGACAUCCUGAUUUCCCCGAUUCCCACCAAAUUCCUGGGGGUUUUAGUCAGUAAUAAUUUUUAAAAAACUCUGAGUGAGAAGAGACAAUUCCAGCAGCUGCUUGCGAGGCAGAGCCGUGGCGUGCGGGAGGGCAGGAGCAGGCAGGAGGGAGCAAGGACAGGAGGGAGAAGGCAGGGGUGGGCAGGUGAGGGCAGGAGAGGACAGCGGGAAGGAGGAGGAGGCAGGGACAGGAGAGAAGGGCAGGAGCAGGCAGGAACAGGCAGGAGCAGGCUGAGGAGGGCAGGAGCAGGCUGAGGAGGGCAGGAGCAGGAAGAGAAGGGCAGGAGAAGGCAGGAACAGGCAGAGGAGGGCAGGAGCAGGCAGGGACAGGCAGGAGGGAGCAAGGACAGGAGGGAGAAGGCAGGGGCAGGCAGGAGCAGGCAGAGGAGGGCAGGAGCAGGAAGGAGGGAGCAAGGACAGGAGGGAGAAGGCAGGGGUAGGCAGGUGAGGGCAGGAGAGGACAGCAGGGAGGAGGAGGAGGCAGGGACAGGAGAGAAGGGCAGGAACAGACAGGAACAGGCAGGAGCAGGCAGAGGAGGGCAGGAGCAGGAAGAGAAGGGCAGGAGAAGGCAGGAGCAGGCAGAGGAGGGCAGGAGCAGGCAGGCACUGCCCAUCUGUGGCCAGCCAGUGGGUGACCCUGGCUGACUGCUGGGUUGGCAGAGGCUGAGCCCCAGGUGAGCAUGCCCCAGGCCCUGUCACCCCACUCCCGUCACAGCCCAGAGUGGUUUGCAGAACCCCGGGUGUGUUUUCUGAGCCAGCCCUGCUUCUGCUGGACACAGCCAUUCCUCCAGGCCCCAGGGAAAUGGGGGGAUUUUAACAAUCAUGAGGAAUUCUAUCGAGGAAAUUCUAGUUUGUAGAUCUUUUAUAAACGUGAAACUCGAGCUUUGGAAAUUAUUUUUUUCUUUUAAUGAUUCCUUGAGAACUAGAGGCUGCCAGCAGCUGAGGUGCUGUCAGGGGAUGAGUGUCCCCUCCCUGUCACCCAGCCACGGGCACUGUCCUGUGCCUGCCAGGGGUGAGGGCUGAGCCCAUGGCCUCGGGUCCUGCCCUGGGCUGGAGGAACCCAAACCUAACACAGAAAAACUGCAAAUUGUGCCAGAUUGAGCAGGGAGUUCUCGAGGGGCUCUGCAGCAGGCAAGGCCCAGGGGUCGGGGGGCUGGUGGGGGCUCCCCAAGCCCAGCACGCCCUGAGGACAGGGGCCAUCCUCUGCAGACCACAGCUGUGUCAGAGCAUGUGCGUUCUGUGACUUCAAAGCUGCUGCUGCAGAGUCAGUGUCACUUGAAUGUUUUUACUUUCCAUAUCUGUGGCUCUGAAGGCGCUCCCGGGUCUGUCCAGGAAGGUCUCGGGGCUGAGGGGCACCCGGGGCAGGGGGCACAGGGCAGGAGCAGCUGGGGGGGGGGGGGUCACACCUUUCUGGUGGAGCCGCUGUGUCCGUGUUGGGGUGACACUCGUGCAUGGACCCUGAGCAGAGCGGGGGGCUCGGAGGGGACCUGCUGGGGUGUGGCACCAGGCACCUUUGGGGGCAGUUUGGGAUUGAGAUCCACCCUCCAGGGUGAGCCUGGCCAAUGCCAGGUCCCCUUCUCAGGACUCAUACCUUGAGUAUUCCUGACCCUGUCCAUGCUGCUUGCCACACUCAUUCCAGACUUACCUCCAGAUGUCCUGUAUCUUCUGUGGAGGUGUGUACAGUGGGAUGUGCCUGGCCCUGCACAGACACUCGGAUCUGUGUGGACUCCUCCAAGGAAGGGCAGAGUGACAGGGGUUGAGCCACUGUUUAUGUCAUUUGAUGGUUUAAUCUUUGCUGUUGGAUGGGGAAAGCAGAGCCUUGGGAGGAUGCUCAGAGCUGAGAGCCUCAGGAAGGCCCAGGUGCCCAGUCCCCAGGUGCCCCACAGGUGUGUGGAGAAAGCCAAGAAAUCCAUACCUGGAGCUGCUGGGGAUGCAGGGGAGAGGGGCCUCAGCUCUGGUGUCCCACCUGGAUUCAGUGGGACUGGCAGGGCUCCCCUGUGGCAGAGGGGCACCCAGAGCCCCGGGGCAGGGCAGAGGAGGGGCUGAGGUGGCAGGACAUGCACAGGAUGGCACAUGCUGGCUUUGUCCCACUUGGAUCACACCCCAGUGCUACAGGUAAGUGGGCUCAGGCCCUCGCUGGUGUCCCUGGGACAGGCUGGAUCAGAGAGCAGCCCCUUGGCUGCUGGUCUGGGGCAGCUCCAGCACCUGCCCUGCCCCAGUGCAGCUCCCCUCCUUCUGGCUGGGAGCUGCUGCUGUGCCUGUGUGCCCUGGCCGGGGCUCUGAGCAGCCUGCUGGUCAGGAGAGCAUCACCAAAGGAGCUGUCAGUUGAUUUAACCCAUUUAAUGAAUAAAUCACUGGGAGUCUGUGCAGUGGCCAGCCCAUGCAGGCAGAGGGGAGAUAAGUGCAGGGCAGUCUCUGUGCUCCGUGGUUGUGAGUCCCAGAGCUGUGGCCCGGGGAGGAGCCGAGGGGAUUGGAGCACAGCCCUCGGGAUUGGCCGUGCCCAAAGCUGGGAUCGCACCUGGAGGUGCCACCUGCUCCCCCUGCCCGGUGCUGUGGCAGGAGCAGCUGUGUGACCACAGCCUCUGGCUCCAUGCAUGGGUGUGUCACCUGAGCUGUUUAUUUCUGAUCACAUUCAAAGUGGCAAUUAAAACAAGGAGGGAAAAAAAAAGAGAAAAAAAAGAAAAAAAAAAAAAAGAAAUGUUUCUUGUUGAACAGUUUGUGUUCGUGACUUUGAUUUCACCUGCAAGUAUUUGAUGACUUUUCUACAUCCUAGACUACCUGCUGUGUGUUGUCAAACGGUCCUCAUGAAGACCUCCUUUUAGAUGGGCAUAUACUCUUGAUUCAAUUUGCUGCAUGUAUGAAAAAAUAAAAUAUUUAAUUUUA